AUGUGGGAUUGGAAACAGAUUUACGUCACACACAGUAACACAGCCAGCAGUAGCUCAGGUGCGGUAGCUGAGUUUUUGGAUCCCCAGCAGCAGGUUGUGGUUUGUGUUGGAGGAACCGCUCGACUGCUCUCUCGUUUCAGAAGCUCUGGGCCUGUGGCUUCCUGCUGGAUUCAUGACAACGAAAAGGUUGUGUUAGAAGGACCACGAGUGUGUGUGACGAACACCAGCAGUAGCAGCACCCUGGUUCUCUCUGACGUUCUUCCUGUAGAUGCGGGAAGUUACUCCCUUUUUGUUCGGAACCGAGGAGGCACAGCUCACUGGACCACAAGCCUCAGUGUCAUUGAUCGUCCAGACCCUCCAGCCUCGUGUCCGUUCGUGUCCCAGCUGACCCGCACAUCUCUGGUUCUGUCUUGGUCUGGGCCGUGUUUUGACGGAGGUUCUGCCAUCACAGGCUACGUGGUGGAGUUUCAGAGGCUGGACCAAACCGAGCCCGGCGACUGGACUGAACUCAUGAACCAGUGUCCGAACACCUCGUAUCGGGUCCGCUCUGGUCUCGACCCGCAGGGACAGUAUCGCUUCAGAGUACGAGCCUGUAACGCAGCGGGAGUCAGUGACUCCAGUGAGGAGUCGGCCUGCGUUAAGAUGAACACUGCAGGUGAGCUACAACAGGAAGUGAUCUCAUAUGUGGAGGUUGUGCCUGACACUACACACAAAGCCAGGGAUCAUUAUCAUGUUCAUGAAAAACUGGGAGUGGGGAAGUUUGGGGAGGUGUACAGGAUGACCCAUAAGCAGACGGGUCGGGUGUAUGCUGGGAAAUUCUACCGGGCCCGUGUCUCCAGAGAGAGAACAGCAGCGCGUCAAGAAAUCAAACUGAUGAAUGAGCUACAUCACCCGAAGCUGGUGCAGUGUCUCGCAGCCUACGACACCCCGUCUGAGAUAGUCAUGAUUCUGGAGUAUAUUGCAGGUGGCGAGUUGUUUGAACGGAUAGUAGAUGAGAACUUCGAGCACACAGAAUCCAACAGUGUGAACUACAUGCGUCAGAUCCUAGAAGCAAUCCAGUAUGUCCAUAGCAAACACAUCGUUCACCUCGACCUGAAGCCGGAAAACAUCGUCUGUGUGAACAGCACUGGGUCGCUCAUCAAGAUCAUUGACUUUGGAUUGGCCUGCAAACUGGAGCCUGGUAAACGUCUGAUGGUCUUGCAUGGGACUCCAGAGUUUGUGGCCCCAGAGGUUGUCAAUUAUGAGCCUGUAGAUCUGACCACUGACAUGUGGAGCAUCGGCGUCAUCUGCUACAUCCUACUGAGUGGCGAGUCUCCAUUCCAGGGAAACAGCGAUGCCGAGACCUUAGCUCUGGUUACUGCAGCGCAGUGGGAGUUUGAUCCUGAGAGUUUUGAUGAGAUCACCCAUGAGGCCAAAGAUUUCAUCAGCGGCCUGCUGAGGAAGGAUAAGAGAACAAGAUUAUCCUGUGAGAAAGCAUUAGCUCAUCCCUGGAUAGCCUUAUUUGAAGACUCAAACUCCAGAUCAACCAAAUCCCUAAACAAAGAGAAGAUGAGAAGGUUCCUGGCCCGACAGAAAUGGAAGAAAACUGGUAAAGCCCUGCUUGCACUGACCAGGAUGGCUCGCUGGAGCAAAUCUGAUGGACAGCUGUCUCCCAUUUCUGUAGAUGCAAAUGCUCUGGGGAAAGAGGCCGAACAAGCUGUGUCAUCUCUGGAAAAACAGUUGCGGCGUGAACCAUGUUUCCAUCAAGCCCUGCACGACCUCACUGAGAGCUGCGGAGCCACAGUGCACCUGGCCUGUACAAUACAAGGAUAUCCUGACCCUGAAGUGGUUUGGCUGUUUGAUGAAGCGCCGCUGGAGAAAAACGGACGAGUUCAGAUGAAUUAUGAUCAGAACGGCACUUGCACACUCACCCUUGCUCGAGUACAACCAGGGGAUUCUGGGAUUUACAAAUGCUGUGCAUCCAACAGUCUGGGACAGGCGCUGUGCUCUGCCAGACUCACCGUGCAACUCUAGAACACCAAAUCUACAAUGUUAAGCUUGAAGAAAUCAGGAUUUCUUAAGCGAACCUGAGAACAUUUGGAACCAUGUGCAAAAAUGAUGCUGAAACAAAAGUACUUUCCACAUGUUUAACGUCACUAGAAGCUGUUGUAAUUCAC